UAGGGUAGAUCAGUGGAUAGAACAGUAUUAAGAGUAGACAUCAGGGCCAGGUAUGGUGGCUCAUGCCUGUAAUCCCAACACUUUGGGAGGCUGAGGAGGGUGGAUCACUUGAGGUCAGCAGUUUGAGACCAGCCUGGCCAACAUGGCGAAACCCUGUCUCCACUAAAAAUACAAAACUUAGCCUGGCAUGGUCAUGCAUGCCUGUAAUCCCAGCUACUCAGGAGGCUGAGGCGGGAAAAUCAUUUGAACGCAGGAGGCAGAUGUUGCAGUGAACUGAGAUUGUGCUACUGGGAGACAGAGCAAGAUUCCAUCUCAAAAAGAAGAAGAAGAAGAAGACAUCAGGGGUGAGGGGGAUUCUGGGUAAACCAACCUCAACAGGGCUCUUGCUGGAGGCAGGCAGGGCGAUCAGACAUCACCUGGGGGUGGAGGAUGAGGAACCCCAUCAGAUAGCACAGAGGGUGAUCAGAUAUUCAGAAUCAGGGGUGCUGGUUAAACUGACUUAGCGGGGCUCUUCCUAAAACUGGAUUUCACAAGAAAGUGCACAGAUGGACCCAGGAGGAGGUUCUGGAGCCUGACCAGAGUUUGGCCAAGCAGAGAAUCUUUGUCAAAGGGCUGUUUGAGAACUAAAUUGAAUCAAGUAUUUAUUAAGUGGUUACCUAGCCAGCUUUUAGUGAGCACUCUGGAAAUGCUUGUUAAAUCAACCACAUAUUUCAAAAGGAAACAGAUAAAGUGCUUAAUGCUGGGUAUGCCCAAAGCCACUCAGGGAACCCACAGUCUCAAGAUGCCCAGAAGACCUCAGAGGACAGACUUGAAUGUAGAGGGUACUGCCUCAGCUCACAGGCUUAUUCACAAGCAAAUACUGACUGGGCCCAUGCUGGUGCCACACUCUGUGCUCUGGAGCCUCAGACAUGAAAGCCACAUCCUUCCUUGUGAAUUAGGCUUAGUCAGCAUGCUGGUGGGAGAGAAAGCUUCGUGCUACAUAUUUAUGUGAUGGAUCUGCCCAGGGCAGAUCUUUCUUUUCAGGCUCUUUUCAGGUCUUUCUUUUCAGAUCUUUCAGGCUCUGCUGAGGUAGCCCAAGCUGCUUAUGGCUAGAUCAGUCCUAAGAAGGAAAGGCGCUAACAGUAAUUAAGCACAAAAUAGAUGCUGGGCACCCUGCCCGCUGCUUCACACUCAUUAAUGCUCAGCAACGCUACCAGGCGGGCACUAGCAGCCUCAUUUCACAGAUGAAUGUAUGGAGGUGUGGAGAGGUAAAUUAUCUGCCCCAGCUAGGGCAGAUAAAUGACCUCCGGACUAGGGCUUCUCAAAUUGUAAAGUGCACACAAGUCUUUUUAAAAUGCAAAUUCUGACUCAAUCAGAUUGGAGUGGGCCCGAGAUUCUGCUUUUUUAACCAGCUCUUCAGUUGAAGCUGAAACACACAACACCUUACGUUUCUUCAUUGGGAAUUAAUAUAAUGGCGGGGAGAGGGGCGCAGCUCGGAGACAGUGCCGUCCAUAAGCCUGCGCUCUGACGGAGUUAGAGCAAUCACAGUACCUACCUCUCGGGGAUACCGGGAAACAAAUGAGAUCGCCCAUAGCAAGCCCUUUGCAUUACGGCUGUCACUUCGAAGGGGUUUGGGCAGAUCUUAAAAACAAUAGGAAAGACUAGGUUUCAUUUGAAACACAUUCAGUUUCUUUCUCCAGUUAAAACUCUGCCUCACGACUACAAUUCCAACUGAAGUACCUUAGCAUGUUUUCUGUACUAUUUUCUGUAUUUCCUAACGAACUGUUUGGAUUUACAGUUAAAUUCUGAGAAGAAUGCAUCUCUUUGGUCUUUGGAGGAAUGGAGGGAAGGGCAAGAAAUGAAGGGUUAAGGUCGUUGCAAACUGCCAUUCCCACCGCCGCCUACCCUUCUAAAUAAGCACUAACUACCCCUCCCUAGCUGUGGGCCUCAGAAAAAAAAUGCCCCCAUGUAUGUGCCUCACAGCCAGAGAAUACCUCAAUUUGGGGUUGCAACCGUUUUUCAGUUUCUCUUUAGCUACGUCCGGAUCCGCUGCGGACACAAAAAUCUCCAGGUUUAAAACAAAGGCUUUGAACAAAGAUGCGCAACCUCAGCUCCUGCGCGCGGCGGAUACGCCUUGGGAUUGGUUGGACCACCGUCCAAUAGGAAAGAAGAACCGGACUCUCCUAUUUACAGAAAUUCCUCCCAGUGGCGGCCGCGGCGUCAGGCCGUCCAAUCAGACACUACAGAUUUGGAGCCUUAAUUUGAAUAUAAAGAUGGCAAAUAGCCCUACCUGCCCCGCAUCCGCGUUCGUCUAGGCCCUCUGGUUACCUCGCCAUGCCGGAGCCAUCGCGGGCGGCUCCGGCUUCUAAAAAGGGCUCCAAGAAGGCCAUUACCAAGGCGCAAAAGAAGGACGGCAAGAAGCGCAAGCGCGGCCGCAAGGAGAGCUAUUCUAUCUACGUGUACAAGGUGCUGAAGCAGGUGCACCCCGACACCGGCAUCUCGUCCAAGGCCAUGGGCAUCAUGAACUCCUUCGUCAAUGACAUCUUCGAGCGCAUCGCCAGCGAGGCCUCCCGCCUGGCGCACUACAACAAGCGCUCCACCAUCACGUCCCGCGAAGUGCAGACGGCCGUGCGCCUGCUGCUGCCCGGCGAGCUGGCCAAGCACGCCGUGUCCGAGGGCACCAAGGCUGUCACCAAGUACACCAGCUCCAAGUGAGGCGCGUCCCGGCGCCCCGAACCCAAAGGCUCUUUUCAGAGCCACCUCCAAGCUCAAAAAGGAGCGUGCCACCUGGUCUGGUUGUGACCUGUGAUUCAAUUGGAGUAAUGGGGGAAGGUAGAGUGAGCCGUGGGGGCGCAAGUCUUAGAGAUAAAAUUAGGCUUCUUGUUUGUAAUGGCAUAUUUCCCUUAGAAAGGCUGCGUUCGUGUAGUUUUGGCUACAGGCAAAGUCAGAGAGGGCGCAGUACAGGCGAUUGCGCCAUGGAUCCCAUCCAAAGAUCUGUGUGUGGCGUACGCCCUGCGCGUGAGGAGCGUUAGUCACCUCCAGGAAAAUCCUGUGCUACGUGCCGGCCCCCAGUGCCUCCUGGCGGCUGAGACUGGAGGACGUGCUCACUGAGGUCCGGGGCUGGGGGUGAGGGGGUUAUCGCGCCGUCUGGGCGCAGGCGCUUGGGUCGGUCCUUCUCCCGCCCCUUUCCUUCCUCCUUAGCCACAACUAGACAUUUUGAGCUUCUAGCCAAAACCAUUUCAGCAGCGUUGCGCCUAAGCAGCUCUUUAUGCCACGCCUUCCUGCUUGAAACAUCAAAACAGCAGGCUCACAGAUCUCCUUAUCACUCAGCUAAAAUAUCCCCAAUUAAGGAAUUCUCGCAUUUUACCCCAAAAAUGUGUGUGUAUGUGUGCGUAUGCAUAAUACACAGUGAAAGAUUAUUCUGAAUAAUGCAAAUAUAGUGCUUUUUAAAAAAAUUUCAGCAAAUCAUAGGAAAAAUAAGUAUGAUCUCUGGAUGACACAUUAAGUAAAAACUAAGGCAUGCAGGCCUGACUGGGGCCCAGGCUGUCCUCCCCCUAAAAAUACCCCAUACCGGUGUCACCCCAACCACGAAUACUUGAGAGCCACCCACUCUCUAAGCAGAAACGUUGCCUGGAAUUAGGAUUCGGUUUCCAGGCUCAGUUCCCACUGGUAGAGGAUGCACUCUACCCAGGCUCAGUUCCCACUGCACACCCCCAACACAAUGACAGCCACGCUUUUAUCAACAUUUAACCUCUAUGGUCUCAUAAAGUAUAUCCAUUUUCUUGGGUUAGUUUCUUCUUAAAGGGAGUUUUCUUUCCUCCAAAUUCUUUUUGUAAAUAUGCUUUAUUUUUUAGAGCACUUUUUCAGAGCAAUAAGCUUUUUUAUUAGUAGUACAUAAUGGUUGCACAUAUUUGGGGGGUACAUAUGAUAUUUUGAUAUACGCAUAGGCAUAACAAUCAAAUCAGGGCAAUUGGGACAUCCAUCAUC